GUAUGACGUGAACAUGACUUCCUCUUCAGAUUUUACAGUAUAUAAGAUCGAAGAAGAAGAAGAAGGAUAGCUCAUAAUAUCUCGUUGAAGAACCUAUGGGUCUCAACACCCUACUACAAAUCUUAUGGCUUCCAUUUCUCCUCCUUCUCCCUCUACUUCUUCUACUGAACAAGAACAAAAAGCCACCGAAGCACUACCCACCAAGCCCUCCCAAGCUUCCCAUCAUAGGCAAUUUACACCAGUUCACUCAAUCUGGUUCAUCACCUCACCAAAACCUAUGGCGCCUCUCGAAGAAGUUCGGUCCAGUCAUGCUCCUACACCUCGGUCGCAUACCGACCCUAGUCAUCUCAUCAGCUGAAGCAGCGAAACAGGUCCUGAAAGACAAUGAUCUCAACUGCUGCAGCAGACCCUCCUCCUCUGGGUCUCGAAAACUCACCUACAACUACUUAGACAUGGGAUUUGCGCCAUACGGUGAGUACUGGCGAGAGAUAAGAAAGAUAUGUGUGCUCGAGCUUUUCAGUGUGAAAAGAGUGCAUUCUUAUAGGGCUAUUAGGGAAGAAGAAGUAGCAAAGAUGAUUAGUUCGAUAUCGAAAGAAUCUGCAUCUAACUCAUGUGUUGAUCUUACUGAGAAGUUGUUUGCUGUCAUGGGAAGUAUAGCUUUCAGGGUUAUUUUGGGGACAAGUUUCGAGGGGAGUAGUUUCGAGCACGAUAGGUUUCAUCAAGUGCUUCAUGAAGUUGAAAUCAUGCUUGCUGGCUUUACUGCAGCUGAUUUUUUUCCUUCCAAAAUUGGGUAUCUUAUAGACAGGAUCUCCGGGAAACAGAGACAAUUCGAAAGGGUUUCCGGGGAACUUCACCGCUUUUUUCAGCAGGUGAUUGAUGAUCAUCUCAAGCCUGGGAGGAUACAACAAGAGCAUGACGACAUAGUUGGCGUGCUGCUUAAAAUUGUGAAGGAGCAAACUGGUUUUGGAGCUGCUCAUCUUGGUCAUGAUAACAUCAAGGCACUUCUCGUGAACUUAUUUCUAGGUGGGAUAGACACUGGUGCAAUUACAAUGCUAUGGGCGAUGGCAGAACUAGCUAAGAAUCCCAGACUGAUGAAGAAAGCACAGGAUGAAGUCAGAAGCGUAGUUGGAAACAAAGGAAAUGUGUCUGAAAGUGAUACAGAAGAGCUUCCAUACCUCAAGAUGAUAGUCAAAGAAUCACUUCGACUGCAUCCUCCAGCUCCCCUCAUUCUUCCUAGAGAAACCAUGGCCCCCUUCAAAGUCCUUGGGUAUGAUGUUGAACCAAAAACACUAGUCAUGAUUAAUGACUGGGCAAUUUCACGAGAUCCAGAAUUUUGGAAAGACCCAGAAGAGUUCAUCCCAGAAAGGUUUGAUGGUAGCUCUGUGGAUUUCAAAGGGCAACACUUUGAGUUCUUGCCGUUUGGAGCUGGUCGGAGAGUUUGUCCGGGGAUUUACAUGGCGACGACGACAGUGGAGCUUGGACUCGCAAAUCUCCUGUACAGCUUUGAUUGGAAAUUGCCAGAGGGAAUGAAGGAGGAGGAUAUCAACAUGGAAGAAACAACUGGGGAACUUGCCCUUACUAUCUCUAAGAAAACUGCUCUCAACCUCGUCCCCGUUAAGUUUUCUGGUUAGGAGAUCAUUGCAAGGUUACACUUAUGAGUUAUAUGCUCUGAACGAAUAGUAAGUUUGAGAAAUAAAUGAUCGGAUGAUGCUGAAUUUGCUGAAAUGUCUGUAAUGGUAUAAAUAUAUAUGCUGUGAAAAUUGAAAUGACC